GCGGCGGCCCAAGCGGUUUCAAACGGCUUUAGAGCAGGCCCCUCGGUUCUGACCCGGCGGAGGAACUACUAUUAAGUCCAAGGAAAAACUGGAAGCACAAUGGGAGAUGACAACGAAUGGUUGAAACUGCCAGUGGAUCAGAAAUGUGAACACAAGUUGUGGAAAGCAAGACUAAGUGGAUAUGAAGAUGCCCUGAAGAUCUUCCAGAAAAUAAAGGAUGAAAAGAGCCCAGAAUGGUCCAAAUUUUUAGGAUUGAUUAAAAAAUUUGUUACAGAUUCCAAUGCAGUGGUUCAAUUAAAAGGACUAGAAGCUGCACUUGUUUAUGUUGAAAAUGCUCAUGUAGCAGGAAAAACCACAGGAGAAGUUGUAUCAGGUGUUGUAAGUAAAGUGUUCAAUCAGCCUAAAGCUAAAGCCAAGGAACUGGGCAUAGAGAUCUGUCUUAUGUACAUAGAAAUUGAGAAGGGAGAGGCUGUGCAAGAAGAACUUCUAAAAGGCCUGGACAAUAAGAACCCCAAGAUCAUAGUGGCCUGUAUAGAGACACUGAGGAAAGCCUUAAGUGAAUUUGGUUCCAAAAUUAUUUUACUUAAGCCAAUUAUCAAAGUAUUGCCAAAACUCUUUGAGUCUCGUGAGAAAGCUGUUCGAGAUGAAGCCAAACUAAUUGCUGUGGAGAUUUAUAGAUGGAUUCGGGAUGCUUUGAGACCGCCAUUACAAAAUAUAAAUUCUGUGCAGUUGAAAGAGCUGGAAGAAGAAUGGGUCAAACUGCCAACAGGUGCUCCUAAACCCAGUCGGUUUCUGCGUUCCCAGCAAGAACUAGAAGCUAAAUUGGAACAGCCACAGUCUGCUGGUGGUGAUGCUGAGGGGGGUGGUGAUGAUGGUGAUGAAGUGCCACAGAUAGAUGCUUAUGAGCUUUUGGAAGCAGUAGAAGUCCUUUCCAAACUUCCCAAAGACUUUUAUGACAAAAUUGAGGCAAAAAAAUGGCAAGAGAGAAAAGAAGCCCUGGAGGCUGUAGAAGUACUAGUGAAAAACCCAAAACUAGAAGCAGGAGAUUAUGCAGAUUUAGUAAAAGCAUUAAAAAAGGUUGUUGGGAAGGACACUAAUGUCAUGUUGGUAGCUUUGGCAGCAAAAUGCCUUACUGGCCUGGCAGUUGGGCUAAGGAAGAAAUUUGGACAAUACGCAGGACAUGUUGUACCAACCAUUUUGGAGAAAUUCAAAGAAAAAAAGCCUCAAGUGGUACAAGCCCUGCAGGAGGCAAUUGAUGCAAUUUUCCUUACUACCACAUUACAGAAUAUCAGUGAGGAUGUUUUAGCAGUAAUGGAUAAUAAAAAUCCAACCAUCAAGCAGCAGACAUCUCUUUUUAUUGCAAGAAGCUUCCGUCACUGCACUGCUUCUACCCUGCCAAAGAGCUUACUGAAGCCCUUUUGUGCUGCUCUACUUAAGCACAUCAAUGAUUCUGCUCCUGAAGUCAGAGAUGCUGCAUUUGAAGCAUUGGGUACUGCUUUGAAGGUGGUUGGUGAGAAAGCAGUAAAUCCAUUCCUAGCUGAUGUAGACAAACUCAAGCUUGAUAAGAUCAAAGAAUGUUCAGAAAAAGUGGAGCUGAUACAUGGUAAGAAAGCUGGACUUGCAGCUGAAAAGAAGGAAUUCAAGCCUCUUCCUGGAAGGGCUGCUGCUGCUUCAGGGGCUGCAGGGGACAAGGACACAAAGGACAUUACAGCACCAAAGCCAGGACCCUUAAAAAAGGCACCUACUGCUAAGGUUGGCGGGCCACCUAAGAAAGGGAAACCAGCUGCUCCAGGAGGUACAGGGAGCACUGGAACCAAGAAUAAGAAAGGAUUGGAGACCAAAGAAAUAGUGGAAGCGGAACUCUCUAUAGAAGUAUGUGAAGAAAAAGCUUCAGCUGUCCUUCCCCCUACCUGUAUACAGCUUUUAGAUAGCAGUAACUGGAAGGAAAGGCUAGCCUGUAUGGAAGAGUUCCAAAAGGCCGUUGAACUAAUGGAGCGAGCUGAAAUGCCUUGUCAGUCAUUAGUGAGGAUGCUUGCCAAAAAGCCUGGAUGGAAAGAAACUAAUUUUCAGGUGAUGCAGAUGAAGCUUCACAUAGUUGCUUUGAUUGCCCAGAAGGGAAACUUCUCCAAAACAUCAGCUCAGAUUGUAUUAGAUGGUCUUGUAGAUAAGAUUGGAGAUGUAAAAUGUGGAAACAAUGCAAAGGAAGCUAUGACGGCAAUAGCCGAAGCAUGUAUGUUGCCAUGGACAGCUGAACAGGUUAUGUCAAUGGCUUUCUCACAAAAGAAUCCGAAGAAUCAAUCAGAAACUCUGAACUGGUUAUCAAAUGCAAUAAAAGAGUUUGGUUUUUCUGGGUUGAAUGUCAAAGCUUUCAUUAGCAAUGUGAAGACUGCUCUUGCUGCAACAAAUCCAGCUGUGAGGACUUCUGCUAUCACCCUGCUUGGUGUAAUGUAUCUGUAUGUUGGUCCAUCUUUGCGAAUGUUCUUUGAGGAUGAGAAGCCUGCUCUACUAUCCCAGAUAGAUGCAGAAUUUGAAAAGAUGCAGGGGCAAAGUCCUCCUGCUCCAACCAGAGGAAUUUCCAAGCACACCACAAGUGGUAUAGAUGAAGGAGAAGAUGGAGAGGAACCAGAUGAUGGAGGGAAUGAUGUUGUUGAUCUUCUGCCAAGGACAGAAAUCAGUGAUAAAAUUACUUCAGAGUUGGUGUCUAAGAUUGGUGACAAGAAUUGGAAGAUCAGAAAAGAAGGCUUAGAUGAAGUGGCUGGAAUUAUUAAUGAAGCGAAAUUUAUCCAACCAAACAUUGGUGAACUCCCAACUGCCUUGAAGGGUCGACUCAAUGAUUCAAAUAAAAUCUUGGUGCAACAGACAUUGAAUAUCCUACAGCAAUUGGCAGUAGCCAUGGGCCCAAACAUCAAGCAACAUGUAAAGAAUUUAGGCAUCCCUGUCAUCACAGUCCUUGGAGACAGCAAGAAUAAUGUUCGAGCUGCUGCCCUAGCAACUGUGAAUGCUUGGGCAGAACAGACUGGCAUGAAGGAAUGGCUGGAGGGAGAAGAUCUUUCUGAAGAACUCAAGAAGGAAAAUCCUUUCUUGAGGCAAGAGCUUCUAGGCUGGCUGGCUGAGAAACUACCUACCCUUCGUUCCACUCCCACAGACCUUAUACUUUGUGUUCCUCAUCUUUACUCCUGCCUAGAAGAUCGAAAUGGAGAUGUACGAAAGAAGGCCCAAGAUGCUUUGCCAUUCUUCAUGAUGCAUCUAGGAUAUGAAAAAAUGGCCAAAGCUACUGGGAAACUAAAGCCAACUUCUAAAGAUCAAGUAUUGGCCAUGCUAGAGAAAGCCAAAGCUAACAUGCCAGCAAAGCCUGCCGCACCUGCUAAAGCAGUGUCUAAACCAAUGGGAGGGUCAGCUCCAACCAAAUUCCAGCCUGCAUCAGCACCUGUUGAAGAAUCUGUUUCUAGCACCAUAGAAACCAAGCCUGAUCCAAAGAAAGCCAAAACUCAAGGAGCUUCCUCGAAAACAAAGGUGCUAAAGUGGAACUUUACUACCCCUCGGGAUGAAUACAUUGAACAACUCAAGACUCAGAUGUCUAGCUGUGUGGCUAAAUGGUUACAGGAUGAAAUGUUUCACUCAGAUUUUCAGCACCAUAAUAAAGCUCUGGCUGUUAUGGUUGAUCACUUGGAGAGUGAAAAAGAGGGUGUUAUUGGUUGCCUGGAUCUUAUCUUGAAAUGGCUUACCCUGCGGUUUUUUGACACCAAUACGAGUGUCCUGAUGAAAGCACUGGAAUAUUUAAAGUUGCUUUUCACUCUGCUGAGUGAAGAGGAAUAUCAUCUUACUGAGAGUGAAGCAUCUUCCUUUAUUCCCUAUCUCAUUGUUAAGGUUGGAGAACCAAAGGAUGUCAUUCGUAGAGAUGUUCGUGCCAUCCUAAACCGGAUGUGCCUUGUUUACCCAGCCAGCAAAAUGUUCCUCUUCAUCAUGGAAGGAACCAAAUCCAAAAACUCUACGCAGAGAGCAGAGUGUCUAGAAGAGUUGGGGUGUCUGGUUGAGUCCUAUGGCAUGAAUGUUUGCCAGCCAACCCCAGGAAAAGCCUUAAAGGAGAUAGCUAUCCAUAUAGGAGAUCGUGACAACGCUGUACGCAAUGCUGCCCUCAACACCAUCGUAACAGUAUACAAUGUACAUGGAGAUCAGGUGUUCAAACUGAUUGGAAAUCUUUCUGAGAAGGAUAUGAGCAUGCUCGAAGAGAGGAUUAAACGGUCUGCAAAGAGGCCCUCUACUGCCCCAAUGAAACAGGUGGAAGAGAAACCACAGCGCAUACAGGGCAUAAACUCCAAUGCCAACAUGCUGCGCAAGGGACCAGCUGAGGACAUGUCCUCCAAACUUAACCAAGCCCGAAGCAUGAGUGGGCAUCCUGAGGCAGCCCAGAUGGUCCGGCGAGAAUUCCAGCUGGAUUUAGAUGAGAUUGAGAAUGACAACGGUACAGUCCGAUGUGAAAUGCCAGAACUUGUACAGCACAAACUGGAUGACAUUUUUGAACCAGUCCUUAUUCCUGAGCCCAAGAUCCGGGCUGUUUCUCCACACUUUGAUGAUAUGCACAGUAAUACAGCAUCUACAAUCAAUUUUAUUAUCUCCCAAGUAGCCAGUGGUGACAUCAGCACAAGUAUCCAGGCUCUAACACAGAUUGAUGAGGUCCUGAGACAGGAAGACAAAGCUGAAGCCAUGUCUGGCCAUAUCGAUCAGUUUCUCAUAGCCACAUUCAUGCAGCUGAGACUCAUCUACAACACACAUAUGGCAGAUGAGAAGUUAGAGAAGGAUGAGAUCAUCAAGCUGUACAGCUGUAUCAUCGGCAACAUGAUUUCGCUGUUUCAGAUAGAGAGCCUGGCCCGGGAAGCCUCCACUGGAGUACUAAAAGACCUGAUGCAUGGCCUCAUCACCUUAAUGCUGGAUUCCCGGAUUGAAGAUCUGGAGGAAGGACAACAGGUGAUCCGUUCUGUGAACCUCUUGGUGGUGAAAGUUUUGGAGAAAUCAGACCAGACCAACAUCCUGAGUGCCCUACUUGUUUUGCUCCAAGAUAGCCUGCUAGCAACAGCCAGUUCUCCCAAAUUCUCAGAGCUUGUUAUGAAGUGUCUCUGGAGAAUGGUUCGACUAUUGCCAGACACCAUCAACAGCAUUAACCUAGACAGAAUUCUUCUAGAUAUCCACAUUUUCAUGAAGGUGUUCCCUAAAGAGAAACUGAAGCAAUGCAAAAGCGAAUUUCCUAUAAGGACCUUAAAGACCCUCCUACACACCUUAUGCAAAUUAAAAGGACCCAAGAUCCUAGACCACCUCACAAUGAUUGACAAUAAGAAUGAGUCCGAGCUGGAAGCCCAUCUCUGCCGGAUGAUGAAGCACAGUAUGGACCAGACUGGCAACAAGUCUGAUAAGGAAACAGAAAAGGGAGCUUCUCGAAUAGAUGAAAAGUCAUCAAAGGCUAAAGUAAAUGAUUUCUUAGCAGAGAUUUUUAAGAAGAUUGGCUCCAAAGAGAAUACUAAAGAGGGUUUAGCAGAGCUAUAUGAAUAUAAGAAGAAAUACUCAGAUGCUGAUAUUGAACCAUUUUUGAAAAAUUCCUCACAGUUCUUUCAGAGUUAUGUUGAAAGAGGUCUUCGGGUGAUUGAGAUGGAGAGGGAAGGCAAAGGCCGCAUUCCCACUUCAACAGGCAUCUCCCCUCAGAUGGAGGUCACAUGUGUGCCUACCCCCACAAGCACAGUGUCCUCCAUAGGUAACACUAAUGGAGAAGAGGUGGGACCAUCUGUCUACCUGGAAAGGCUAAAAAUCCUCCGACAGCGGUGUGGCCUGGACAACACAAAGCAAGAUGAUCGGCCUCCGCUGACCUCUUUGCUCUCCAAACCAGCAAUCCCCCCAGUGGCCUCUUCUACAGACAUGCUGCACAGCAAGCUCUCCCAGCUGCGAGAGUCACGGGAGCAGCACCAGCACUCAGCCCUGGAUUCCAACCAGACCCACUGUGCCGGAACCCUGACCUCCUCUUCCACAACCAACAUAGACGACUUGAAAAAGAGACUGGAGAGAAUAAAGAGCAGUCGCAAAUGAAGCUGCCCAUCCUCCGCACCCUGCAGCUUUAGUUUACUAAACUAGAAGCCCUGUAGUGUGAAGUGGCCGCUGCAGGCCUAGCAUACGUACACAGACUGGUCGUAAGUACUCAGCAGCGUGGACGUGGACGGGGACAGGGACGGGAAAGAGCGCAGGGCACUGGGCUGGACAGGGCGGCGCUCUGUGCCUCCCAUCUGCACAGCAUCACUGACACCACCUCCGCUUCCACCUCUAGAAGACUGUCGUGGAUUAGCUUAGUGUACAGACUGAAACAGCUGCCCUCAGCUCAGACUAGGUUCCAUAUCCUCCUCCUUUUGUUUUCUUUUUACUUGCUCAUUUGUAAAAUUGUCCUAAUCUUUCCUAGCUUUUAACUAUUAGAAACUCUUUAAUAGUUUUCCGUUGAGUUUGUGAGCUCUUCUCUCUGUAGCCCUGAAGGGUCACUGUAUUCUGUAUGAAUGCAUGGCAUGAGACAACUAAUUUAAGAGUCUUUUAUAAAUAAAGUUUGCAUUAACUAUA